UAAAUUUCUGGCUGCUCGCCAUCACUCAACACCUGAAACGAAGGCAGCAAGUUAGAAAAUAGUACAAGUGAGCACAAUUUCCCUUUAAAAUGUACCUUAUCAAUUGAAAAACUCUUCGAAAACAGCAUAAAUUAGUCGGCGAAUGUGAAAACACUAGUGAUACCAUCAAAUAAAUCUGGAAAAUUCUCAAAUUCAAACGUAAAACGCAAAUAUCUGAAAUUCCUCUAGUGGGAGUUGGCUGCUGAAGGUUGCUGAAUUGGAAGGCGUUUAAUCCGGAAUGGAGGACAUUUUUCAUUGGUGCCGCGAGGGAAACUCGAUCCAGGUGCGGCUCUGGCUGGACGACACCGAACAUGACAUGAAUCAAGGUGAUGAUCAUGGAUUCAGCCCGCUGCAUUGGUGCGCCAAGGAGGGUCAUUCGAAGUUGGUGGAAAUGCUGCUGGCUCGUGGUGCUCGUGUUAAUGCGACCAACAUGGGUGAUGAUAUUCCGUUGCAUUUGGCCGCCGCUCAUGGGCAUUUGGAGAUAGUGCAGAUGUUAACUCGCCACCGUUCGGAUGUCAAUGCGGCAAAUGAACACGGAAACACACCGCUGCAUUACGCUUGCUUCUGGGGCUACCAAGCUAUCGCCGAAGAACUGGUCAACAACGGAGCCCUGGUAUCGCUGGCCAACAAGGACGGCGACACCCCGCUGGACAAGGCCAAAUCGACAGUGGCCACAAAGCUUCACAACUUGGCAAUUGAGAGUGGACAGGAGCUGAAGAAGAUCAGCUUCAAGGACCAAAACUGGCUGGGAUUGAAAACUCGGUCUCGAGAUGCGACUUUGUCCCGUUUCAAGGGCAUCAACAUUCAGGAUCUGAUGCUUCAUUCCAAACUGGCCAUCACUCCGGGAGGUGAAACGUGGCGCGGAAGGUGGCAAAACAACGAUAUCGUCGCUAAGAUCUUGGCCAUCCGAGAAUGCAACACCCGCACUAGUCGUGACUUCAAUGAGGAAUUUCCGAGACUACGAAUCUUUUCGCAUCCAAACAUUCUGCCAUUGAUCGGUGCCUGCAAUUCUCCGCCUCGAUUGAUCGUCAUCAGCCAGUACAUGCCCCGGGGAUCGCUGUACGAUCUGCUGCAUGGUGCCGCCGGAAUCGUUGUGGAUACGGCUCAAGCCGUCCGGUUUGCUCUGGACAUUGCCCGUGGAAUGGCCUAUUUGCACUCACUGGAACGAAUCAUCCCGGAGUAUCAUCUCAACAGCUUCCAUGUAAUGAUCGACGACGACUUGACUGCCCGUAUCAACAUGGCCGAUGCAAAGUUUUCGUUCCAGGAGCGCGGUCGGGUCUAUCAGCCGGCGUGGAUGAGUCCGGAUAUGUUGCAACGGAAACGGACCGAUCGCAACUGGGAGGCCUGCGAUAUGUGGAGCUUUGCCAUCUGUGUAUGGGAGCUGGCCACCCGGGAGGUCCCGUUUGCGGAUCUUUCACCGAUGGAAGCCGGUAUGCAUAUCGCCAUGGAAGGUCUUCGCGUGACGAUUCCUCCGGGAACGUCACCACAUCUGUCGAAGCUGAUUAAAAUUUGCAUGAACGAAGAUCCGGGCAAGCGUCCGAAGUUUGAUAUGAUUAUUCCGAUUUUGGAGAAAAUGAAACGCUAAACCACCAUAAGUGACGGACGAAGAAAAGUGCCUUUAACAAAGAAUGAUUUCUUUCGAAUUUAAUUUAUUUAAACUACUACUUUUACCUAUUCUGUUCCCGUAAAACUCUUAUCGAAAAUAACUCUGCCAAAAUGUAAUCGUGUGCUAAAUUCUAUUAACCACCAAGCGAUUGGAAUGAAAUGUUUUUAGUUUAGUAUUCUAUAUGUUCAAAUUUGUUAAUAUUUAGACACCUCUUUUUAAAGACAAUCCCAUAAUCAACUAAAAAAACUAUAUCGAAAUGUGUCUUAUAAUAUGAAACGUUUGAGUAUUAAAACAAACAAUAGAAAAAGCCCAGAAGUGUUAGGAAGAACUAGACCCAGCAUUGCGCGCGCCCAUGCACAACGCAGCUAAUUAUCGUCGACGCACAAGUUCUAAGGACUCUUAUAUGUAUACCUAGUAGUGCAUGGCAGUUCAACUUAACAAAAGUUUUAAUGUGUAGAGAGAAAUAUAUUUUCUAAACAUUUUAUUAA